AUGAGUUUUUUAUCUGGACUUUAUUCGAAAAUUUUGGGAGCAAACUCGAAGAAAACUGAGCAGACUUGUUAUAACAGCGCGUCUGGAACUGGGUUUACAGAAGAUUUCGACAACGAGGAUGGGUUUGUGUUAUACACUGCAGAACAGAACAAACGUUGCAAGGUAUGGACUACCUAUUUUAACCGUGUUUCGUAAGAGCAAGUAAUGCCAAGUUGCUGGAAUAGCUCAUCAUGACAAACCAUAAAUCUUGUAGUUAUUGUUUUGUAUGGUACCGUUGUGCUAACGUGAAUUUGAAUUAAUACGUCGAGGUUUAUAUGUUUAGACAUUUUUAUAACUUAAGUAAGGUAAAAUUUUUCCAGUUCUUAAAAUUAGUUAGUGCAUUUUCAUCUUAUCAAAAGAAUCGUAUCUUUUAUUAAGCGACUUGUCGUAGCCUUCCUUAUUUGUGACGUCACACUUAUUACGUUGCAAGCAAUCCCCAUAUCCCACUUGCACAUCUCCCAUAAUGCACCUUAUUCGCCUCCAAAAAUUUCGUAUAGCUAUUGAUUUUCAUUUCUCAAGAGAAAGAGAAAUUGAAAACAAUGAGAAGAGAAAACGAAAACAAUCCAAGAGAAAUUGAAAACAAUGCUUAUGCAAAAUUUUGGAGGGUAAAUAAGGUUCACUGUGAGAGAUGUACAAGUGGCGUAUUGAAUGAGGAGUUUAUAGAGUGACCAAAUGGAAUGCUUGCUUUAAACUGUGUAGCAAGGCACAGAAUAAAUGCAAGGUAGCCUGGGACCAGGCUCCGCAUUGGGGGGAAAAGGCAAAAAACAUUGGUGAGUGAUGCAAACCAAGAGGUAAUCUGGGAAGGGAAAAGGGUGGCGGAGCCUGGAGACAUGCCUUUGAUGCCGCCGAUCCACCCUCCAGUAAUUAACUUGUCGUUGACAUGUCAACACGUCAUGCUCUCAUCAUGGAUGUCAGCGUGAGCUUAUUAUGUCGGUUUUGUAAAAAAUAUUUGAAUUUAAAAUGAAGUAAGCUUAAGCGAAGAGAAAUAAAGACGUUUCAGAGGAAAAUGCGCUGCGUGUGACUGGUGAAGAACACAGAGAAGAUCGGAGUAGAUUCUCAAGAAGAUUCCUCAAGUUAGCAGUGCGUGUCAUAAUCCUUAGUCCUUAAUCCUACAAGAAUGUUAGUUUCCAGAAGUAAAUUAAAAUCAUCAUCAUCAUCAUCAGUCUUUAUUUAUACACGAAAUUGUAUCACGUUUACAUGGUCUUUCUAGGAACUGUGUGUAAAAUUAAACUGAAAUACUCUAAGGAUUUCCUUGACUAGAAAGUUAAAAAUACAAAAACUUGUAUUAUAAUAAGAGUUACAAUGAGUCGUGGGGUAUUAAGAUAAUUUUUGCCAUGAAAUGAAGUUUCAAAAACAUUUAAGCUAGGCAGUUUUCUAAUCUCUGAGGGAAUCUUGUUCCACAGAAUGGAUCCUCUGUAGUGUAGGUUCCCUUUUGUAGACUCAGAGUUUGGGUCUGGGGAUGCAAUAUUUUAACUCAGAAUUUCUAAGAUUGUGUGAGUGUACAUUUGAGGUGUUGGUAAAGAUCCGCCUCAGAUAUGAUGGGGAAAGGUCAUUAUGGGUUUUAUACACUAUCACAGCCAACUGUUUAAGUCUUACAUUUUCUAACCUUUCCCAGCCAAGCUCAUCUAACAAAACCCUUGAGCGAGCCUCAUAAUUAGAAAAGGUGAGAAUUCUAGCAGCCUUAGUCUGCAUCUUUUGAAAAUUGGGUGGGGAGGGGGAAAUAGUUCGCAACUGUUCUCUUCCGUCUUUGCAUACCUUACACAAUCCUCUAAAAUUGAAUUGAAAUCCCUCACUAGAGACAUGAACUAUUGCAGUUUCAAAAGGGGUUGAUUUUGCUGCACAUUUGUACUCUGUUAAAAGUUUGCUGUUAAACAGAUGGUAUUUUAGCUUGUUAUACAGCACAAUAAUACAAACUUUAAAUCAAAUCAUAUCAUAUAAAAUUAUUGCUUAAGAUAUAAUAUUGGUAUAGGAUUUUGUUAAUAAUCCAACUUCAGAAUUAAUUACAUGUCAUCGUAGCUGAUCAUGGGAACGAUAAGUUCAUUGAAACUAACUUUUUGUGUCUUUGGCAGCAGACUGAGUCAGUUCCAGGAACCACAAACUACAGAUUGUAUGAAAAUUUACAACAGAGCUGCCCCUACCCUCCUACAGGUAAGUAAAAAUUUUUGCUGAAAUAUUAAAAGUAGUGGAGUUGAAACUCAUGUAAGCAAACACCCUUGGACCAGAAAACUGUGUUAAUGCUUAGAGGAUCUGUUUUUGUAACUUUUUAAGCCCCAAAAAACAUAAUUUAUGCAGAUUCUCCAGACUAAUUUCCUUACAUUUCCUUUAAGAAUUAGUUGAGAGAAUUUAAAAAAAAAGUUCAAAGAAUUUUCCCUUUGUUCAUCAUUUUAUUAACUCUUGUGACCUUUCCUCUUUAUUACAUUAUUAUUGAUGUUGUUCACAGAAAAUUGAUGUUGGUCAACCCUGGGACUUCAAGGGUUGAGUGAAACGCCUCCAAAAAUUUCGUAUAGCUAUUGAUUUUCAUUUCUCAAGAGAAAGAGAAAUUGAAAACAAUGAGAAGAGAAAACGAAAACAAUCCAAGAGAAAUUGAAAACAAUGCUUAUGCAAAAUUUUGGAGGGCAAAUAAGGUUCACCGUGAGAGAUGUACAAGUGGCGUAUUGAAUGAGGAGUUUAUAGAGUGACCAAAUGGAAUGCUUGCUUUAAACUGUGUAGCAAGGCACAGAAUAAGUGCAAGGUAGCCUGGGACCAGGCUCCGCAUUGGGGGAAAAGGCAAAAAACAUUGGUGAGCAAUGCAAACCAAGAGGUAAUCUGGGAAGGGGAAAGGGUGGCGGAGCCUGGAGACAUGCCUUUGAUGCCGCCGAUCCACCCUCCGGUAAUUAACUUGUCGUUGACAUGUCAACACGUCAUGCUCUCAUCAUGGAUGUCAGCGUGAGCUUAUUAUGUCGGUUUUGUAAAAAAUAUUUGAAUUCACGAUGAAGUAAGCUUCAGCGAAGAGAAAUAUUAAAGGACAUUUCAGAGGAAAAUGUGCUGCGUGUGACUGGUAAAGAAUACAGAGAACAUCCGAGUAGAUUCUCAAGAAGAUUUCUCAAGUUAGCAGUGCACUUCAUAAUCCUUUUUUACCUACAAGAAUGUUAGUUUCCAGAAGUAAAUUAAAAUCAUCAUCAUCAUCAUCAUCAGUCUUUAUUUACACACAAAAUCUUCCUAGGAAUCGUGUGUAAAAUUAAACUAAAAUACUCUAAGAAACUACUUGACUAUAAAGUUAAAAAUACAAAAACUUAUAUUAUAAUUAUAAGAGUUACCAUGAGUCAUGGUGUAUUAAGAUAAUCUUUCCCAUGAAAUGAAGUUUUAAAAACAUUUAAACUAGGCAGGUUUCUAAUCUCUGAGGGAAUCUUGUUCCACAGAAUGGAUCCUCUGUAGUGUAGGCUCCCUUUUGUAGACUCAGUUCUGGGUCUGGGGACACAAUAUUUUAACUUAGAAUUUCUAAGAUUGUGUGAGUGUACAUUUGAGGUGUUGGUAAAGAUCUGCCUCAGAUAUGACGGGGAAGAUCAUUAUGGGUUUUAUACACUAUCACAGCCAACUGUUUAAGUCUUACAUUUUCUAACCUUUCCCAGCCAAGCUCAUCCAACAAAACCCUUGAGCGAGCCUCAUAGUUAGAAAAAGUGAGAAUUCUAGCGGCCCUAUUCUGCAUCUUUUGAAAAUUGGGCGGGAAGGGGCAAAUAGUUCGCAACAGUUCUCUUCCAUCUCUGCAUACCUUACACAAUCCUCCAAAAUUGAAUGGAAAUCCCUCACUAGAGACAUGAACUAUUGCGAUUUCAAAAGGGGUUGAUUUUGCUGCACAUUUGUACUCUGUUAAAAGUCUGCUGUUAAACAGAUGGUAUUUUAGCUUGUUAUACAGCACAAUAAUACAAACUUUAAAUCAAAUCAUAUCAUGGUUAAAAUUACUGCUUAAGAUAUAAUAUUGGUAAAGGAUUUUGUUAAUAACUCCAACUUCAGAAUUAAUUACAUGUCAUCCUAGCUGAUAUUGGGAACGAUAAGUUCAUUGAAACUAACUUUUUGUGUCUUUGGCAGCAGACUGAGUCAGUUCCAGGAACCACAAACUACAGAUCGUAUGAAAAUUUACAACAGAGCUGCCCCUACCCUCCUACAGGUGAGUAAAAAUUUUUGCUGAAAUAUUAAAAGUAGUGGAGUUGAAACUCACGUAAGUGAACACCCUUGGACCAGAAAACUGUGUUAAUGCUUAGAGGAUCUGUUUUUGUAACUCUUUAAGCGCCAAAAAACAUAAUUUAUGCAGAUUCUCCAGACUAAUUUCCUUACAUUUCCUUUAAGAAUUAGUUGAGAGAAUUUUAAAAAAAGGUCAAAAGAUUUUCCCUUUGUUCAUCAUUUUAUUAACUCUUGUGACCUUUCCUCUUUAUUACAUUAUUAUUGAUGUUGUUCACAGAAAAUUGAUGUUGGUCAACCCUGGGACUUCAAGGGUUGAGUGAAGUUUAAAAUGUAGUUUUUGUUUGUCUCUGGGACCUAGACUUGAACUCUAGACAUUCUCUGUCUCUACUGCUCUAUUUUGUGGACAUGAUGCUCUAGAAAAACAUGCUGUUUUGAGUUUUCUCAAAAACGAAGCAGAAAUCAGUAAAAAUAUAUGAAACAAUGUUUAUCACGUCAACACAAAUCAUUCUGCCAAAAAUGAAAAUCGAUCUAGUAAACGGUCACAAGCACCCAUUUCUGGGAAACCCUUUGAUUUUUACAUCUUUGGAGAUUAAACACACACUAUAAAAAUGUUCAAAUAAAAAAUACCCGUCAAUGAACACUGUUUAAACAUCAAUGAUCUCUUUUCCAUUAUUCAGAAUCACCCUCAUACACAAUAGCAGCAGCACAAAAGCAAGUGCCUCAAAGAAGAGAAACAACUUUUCUUACAGUAUCAGAUGUUCCUUUCCAACUGUCGAAAGAACUUCAGAGGGUGCUACAACUACAUCAAGGGAGCUUGGAACUCUCAAGGAGAUCUUCACCGAAUAUUGAACAAUAUCAGUAUAACUUUACUUUAGAAAGAGAUGUUCUAAGCUCAAAUGAAAUGGCUUCAGUUGGCUGA